AUGGCGGUAGCAGAUCUUCCACACAAAAGGCUUAAACUCAUUUAUUCUAACUCUGCCUGCUCCAGCUACCGUCGCCCACGCGCCGGUACCUCUUUGCCUUCGCUGCAUGCGGGUCGUCCUGGAAUUUACGACCAGCGCCUGGCGACUGCCUCAGAGCCCGAGAUUCUGAGUCCUCGUGACUCUCGUUCAAGACAGCUAAAGACCCGGCCGGCGGGAACUGGGGUUGGUCAGCAUCUGAGGCGCCCGAUGGCGGCCAGCGGUACCGAUGCCGACGGGGACGAUGAA